ACCGAGCAGGUCCUCCACCCAAGGUAGAAUUCCUCCGUUAGUCUUCCUGCAGGCCAUUAGCGGAACCAGUUGGUGUGGCUCACAAGACUUAGCGGGGUUGCUCGAGGCUAGUUGCUAAGCUACGGGAUCUUUUGGUCAACUGCCAUCUCUGCUAAGGCAAUAGGAACCUUCCAAAGCCCAAGUUGACUCCCUGUGGUCCCCAGCCAUGCCUCAUAUUGACAACGAUGUGAAACUGGAUUUCAAGGAUGUCCUGUUGAGGCCCAAACGCAGCACCCUCAAGUCUCGAAGCGAGGUAGAUCUCACAAGAUCCUUUUCAUUUCGGAACUCAAAGCAGAUGUACACUGGCAUCCCCAUCAUUGCUGCCAAUAUGGAUACUGUGGGCACCUUUGAGAUGGCCAAGGUUCUCUGCAAGUUCUCCCUCUUCACUGCUGUCCAUAAACACUACAGCCUUGAUCAAUGGCAACAGUUUGCUAGCCAGAAUCCGGACUGUCUUGAGUAUCUGGCUGCCAGCUCAGGCACAGGCUCUUCUGACUUUGAGCAGCUGGAACAGAUCCUGGAAACUAUUCCUGAGGUGAAAUAUAUAUGCCUGGAUGUGGCAAAUGGUUACUCUGAACACUUUGUUGAGUUUGUAAAGGAUGUCCGGAAGCGCUUCCCCCAACACACUAUCAUGGCUGGAAAUGUGGUAACAGGAGAAAUGGUGGAAGAACUGAUUCUUUCUGGAGCUGACAUCAUCAAGGUGGGAAUUGGACCAGGCUCUGUGUGUACAACCCGGAAGAAAACUGGAGUGGGGUACCCACAGCUCAGUGCAGUGAUGGAGUGUGCUGAUGCUGCUCAUGGCCUCAAAGGCCACAUCAUUUCAGAUGGAGGCUGUAGCUGUCCUGGGGAUGUGGCCAAAGCUUUUGGGGCAGGAGCUGACUUUGUGAUGCUGGGUGGCAUGUUGGCUGGACACAGUGAGUCAGGUGGUGAGCUCAUUGAAAGGAAUGGUGAGAAGUACAAGCUUUUCUAUGGAAUGAGUUCUGAAAUGGCCAUGAAGAAGUAUGCCGGCGGUGUGGCUGAAUAUAGGGCUUCGGAGGGAAAGAUAGUGGAAGUCCCUUUUAAAGGAGAUGUAGAACAUACCAUUCGUGAUAUCCUUGGGGGAAUCCGAUCUACAUGUACUUAUGUGGGAGCAGCUAAGUUGAAAGAGUUGAGCCGGAGAACGACCUUCAUCCGAGUCACCCAGCAAGUGAAUCCAAUCUUUGGUGAUGCACACUAGACCUGGUGAGCAAUUCUGCCCACCCCAGGACUGGCAUUCCACUGCAGGGAACCCAACUGCUUUCUCACCCACCCCAGCUUGUGUGCCUGUGUGCCUGUGUAUGACUUUAUGACUUGCUAUCAUCCCACUCCUGAGGGCUCCAGCACUCUCUAGUUCUUUUAUUUGCACACACAAAAUGCCCAAGAUACUCACUGGGGCAGAAGCUAGAAAGAAGACAGAAUGAGGAAAUGAAGAUAUUCAAAUGGGAAUCUGGGGACACAGAAUCCCUAAGAGGAAAACAUGUUGAUUUGAUUGGGUUUUACAUGGCCUUGAUCUCAAAGCAGCACGCUUUUAUAAUCACGUUUUGUUAAUUAGCUUCAUUAAAUGACAUCCUCGGGUAUCUCAA